UUUAUUGCCAAUUAGACUUUACUACGUAAGUGAUAGCUUAGUUUUUAUGCUGUUUGGACAUACGAAAAAUUCAAUGAUUCUGUAAUGGAUAAACCAUGUGAAAAUCAGAUUAUUAAACGAGAAUCGUUACCAAAAAAAAAUGAAAAAUAUCAACUAAGAUUAAAAAUUAUGAAAUUUAUAUAUACUUUUAUUGAAUACAUUAUUAAGUGAUUAUAAUUCAUUUCAAUGUCAAGCUCAAACCAAUCAGUGGGAUUUGAACUAUGGCUAAAAGAAAACCCAAACAUUAUGUACGCUGCAGCGUUCAUGACGUUACUUAUUAUGUGUAUUGGAAUUGUAGGUAAUAGCUUAACUAUAUUAGUAAUACUAAAAAGUCCACGGAUUCGAAAUGUAGCUUCUACUUUUAUCAUCAGCCUAGGCGCAGCUGAUUUGUUAUUUUGCAUAACUGUAUUGCCAUUCAAUGCUUCACGAUUUUUAAAUAUUAACUGGGUACAAUACCCACAAUUAUGUUCAAUUGUCCCGUUUUUACAGUACGGAAAUAUUGGAGUGUCACUGCUUUUUAUUACUAUGAUCACUAUAAAUAGGUAUAUAAUGAUCGUUCAUUCAAGCUUAUAUAGUAUAGUAUAUCGUCCAAUAUGGAUAACUUUUAUGAUAAUGCUUUGUCUAAUUAUUUCGUUUGGCAUGCUGGUACCUACCCUUUUAAGUAAAUGGGGUAAAUUUGAAUAUGAUCCAAAGUUAGGUACAUGUUCAAUAGUAUCUGAUGAAUUUGGUCAAUCUUCGAAAUCUGCUCUUUUAAUCACUGGGUUCAUCAUACCAUGUAUUGUAAUUAUUUGCUGUUACACUGGUAUAUUUUUGGUUGUUCGUAAUUCAGAAAAACGAAUGCAAAGACAUCAAACAUCCACCCAAAGUGAUCCAACAGCAACACAUAUGCAGUCCAUAAGAAGAAAACUUAGUGAAUGGAGGAUAACUAAAAUGGUGUUGGCUAUAUUUUUAUCUUUUGUACUUUGCUACUUACCAAUUACAAUUACAAAAACUUUAGAUCCAAGUGUUCAAUACCCAGCUGUUCUUUUGAUUGCAUAUAUUAUGAUUUACGCAUCAGCAUGCUUCAAUCCAAUUAUAUACGUCAUAAUGAAUAAACAAUAUAGAAAAGCAUUUAAAUCAGUUUUAAAUUUUGGAUGUUGUGAAAAAGCUACAAAACGAGUACCUGUUUUGAGAUCUAUAUCGAAACGUCUACAACCACACGGAAUUCAAGAAGACCGUGGAUUUGGAACAACUGUAUCACACGUGUCAUCAAUUGCUCUAGAAUCAUUGGAUUGUAAUAACCGGAUUUCGCGUAUAGCCUAA